AUGACCAGAUUCUCUGUUUUUUCUGCUGUUCUUUUGAUCACUUUGACGUCUUCUGGAGUCUUCGGACAAUUCACUGAUUCGUGUACUGCCGAUGUUUAUGCAUCAAUCAAACAGUGCUAUGUGACCUAUAUGGCUGGAUAUAACAUCUCAAUGACUGAUACUAUUCCUGAAUAUUGGAGCUUCCAUUUCGUCAGAAGAGAUCUUUUGGAUGCUGAUGGUCUUCAUAUUCAACCUUAUGUUUGCCAACUCGGAAAUGCCCUGAGCAACUGUUUGGCGCCAUACUCCUGCAUGGGACCAAAUGCCUACAUGAACAUGAAUGCUGCCAAUGCCACCGAGGCAACCGACUACUGGAUUGACUUGGCUGUCACCCAAUAUCAAUGUGGAGCUGGAUACAACUUGACAAUGACUGAAUUCUAUUGCAUUGCUUUCUGCCGUGAUCGUUAUCAGCCGAAUAUCGAUCAAUGCGAUGCUCAAGCCGCCAUUGACAUCGGGAAUGGAAUGGAUCCAUGCGCUGCCCAACAAAAAGACUUCAACUGCCAAGCCGCCGUCUAUCGUAACUGCUGCGAUUGGAAUGCUGGAGUUUACAUUUGCAACGUUGAUAUGGCCGGAUCGAAGGCCGUGAAUCCAGCUUGUGUAAACGCUGGUUUGAUCACAUGUCCCGCCGCAAGAUAA